UCUAAGUGAACGUGCUAGGGAACCUUACUGUUCCACAGUACGGUUCCCACACGGAACGUACUAACUGGUGGACCGCUUUCGCUCAUGCUUUGCCCAGGAUGGAAUGCAAACUACAGUACCAGAGAAACGUGGAGUAGAACUCAUCGCUGGGUUGUCAGCUAAACCUAAUGUCACUUGACUUUAUUAUGAUUGAGAGGUUAGGGUGACCAUAGUAAAAAUGCAGGUAUCCAGCGUGAACGACGUGAAGAUAUACAAUUUAAGCCACGGAAAAUCUCUACCAGAGUGGCUUUCUGACAGGAAGAAAAGGGCUUUACAGAAGCAAGAUGCGGACGUCCAGCGCAGGAUCGAGCUUAUCCAGGAUUUCGACAUGCCGACAGUGUGCACCUCCAUAAAGGUGUCCCGGGAUGGCCAGUAUAUUCUGGCCGCAGGCACCUACAAACCCAGAAUUCGAUGUUACGACACCUACCAGCUGUCCCUGAAGUUUGAAAGAUGUCUGGAUUCUGAUGUUGUGGCAUUCGACAUCCUCUCCGAUGACUACUCCAAGCUGGUGUUUCUUCACUGCGAUCGCUACGUGGAGUUCCACUCCCAGCACGGCCACUACUACAAAACCCGCAUUCCCAAGUUCGGCCGGGACUUCUCCUACCACUAUCCCUCCUGUGACCUGUACUUCGUGGGUGCCAGCUCUGAGGUUUACAGGCUGAACCUGGAACAAGGCCGUUUCCUCAACUCCUUACAGACAGACGCAGUGGAGAACAAUGUGUGUGACAUCAACCCUGUUCAUCAGCUGUUUGCGACGGGAACAGCAGAGGGGAAGGUGGAGUGCUGGGAUCCUCGGACCCGGGCUCGGGUGGGGAUUCUGGACUGUGCGCUGAGCAGCGUGACCGAGGGGACUGAGGUGGAAGGGCUCCCCUCCAUCAGCGCACUCAAAUUUAACCGCACCCUGAACAUGGCUGUGGGCACGAGCACCGGACAGGUGCUGCUGUACGAUUUGAGAUCCAGUCACCCCCUGCUGGUGAAAGACCAUUACUACGGCUUGCCCAUAAAGUCCCUGAACUUCCAGAACCAACUGGACCUGGUGCUGUCAGCAGACUCCAAGAUCAUCAAGAUCUGGAACCAAGACACGGGCAAACUGUUUUCCUCCAUCGAGCCACAGACUGAUGUCAACGAUGUAUGUGUGUACCCUGACUCAGGAAUGCUCUUCACGGCGAACGAAGACCCCAAGAUGAGCACCUUCUACGUGCCGGUGAGCCUAACGCCUUCUACGGCGCCUCUGUGGCGUCCGUACUGCCUGUGGCAGGGACCUCGAUCUCCGGCCCAGGACGGUCGCGGUUCGGGCUCGUUUCCACAGCGUUCUGGGAGGAGCCCGCUCUCUCUCCUGGGGCGUCUGCGUCAGGGCGGUCUGUGUACACGGCGACGUCUGCGCUCCGCUGGAGAGAGACCGGGCGUGCUGACGCAGCCGUGUGAUUGGUCCUUUUUCCCGACACUGCCUCUGGGACGGCUCUUCUGGGACACGCGUCUCUGGGUGCAAAUCCAGGCAGAGGAGGAGGGAAGAGAAGGAAAUGGGAAAAGCGGGAUCAGAGAGGGAGGAGAGGACCUGGAGAACCUGGGUCUGUCUCACCUGGUGGGCUCCGCCCUUCUGCGUGCCUACAUGCACGGCUUCUUCAUGGACAUUCGGCUCUACCACAAGGUGAAGACGAUGGCGAAUCCGUUCGCCUACGAGGAAUACCGCAAGGACAAGAUCCGGCAGAAGAUCGAGGAGCAGAGAACACAGAGGGUCCAGAUUAAGAAACUGCCUCAGGUCAAUAAGGAGCUGGCCAUCAAGCUGAUGGAGGAGGGAGAGGAAGAGGAGCCGGGCAGCAGGAGGAAGAAGGGCAAGGCCACGACCAGCAUCCUGAACGACAACCGCUUCAAGGUGAUGUUCGAGAACCCGGACUACCAGGUGGACGAGCAGAGCGAGGAGUUCCGGCUGCUGAACCCGAUCGUCUCCAAGGUCGGCCUGAAACGCCGCAAGAAGCUCCGCCUCCUGGAGAAGCAGGCCGCGGCCCAGCAGAAGGCGGAGCAGGAGGAAGAGGAGGAGGAGGAGGAGGAGGAGGGGCGGGCCAGCUCGGAGGAGAGCUCGGACGACGACGACAAGAGCUGGGUGGAGGAGGUGCGGGAGCAGCGGCGCCUCCUGCGGGAGGAGGAGAGGACGCGCCGGCGGCAGGAGCGGAAGCAGGACCGCGAGGCCUCGCUGGAGAGCCGGGGCGCCGGGCGGGGGGCGGCGGGCGCCGAGCCGCGCUUCUUCCAGAUCAAGGCCGGCGAGGAGUUCCGGAGCUUCGGCGACGUUGGCCGCCGGCAGAGGCUGCAGAAAGCCUCGUUGGCGGACCGUUUGAAGCUGGAGGAACAUUCCGGAGCCCUCACCUUAGCCGAUUCGACGGUUGGCAGCAAGCAGCUCACCUUCACCCUCAAGAAGUCGGAGAGGCAGCAGCAGCAGCAGCAGGGCGAGCGAGAGCACCAGGAGGAGAGGAAGAAGCUGAGACGCUCCGCCGGACACCUGCAGACGCGGGGGCGCGGCCGGGGCCGGGGCUGGGGGAGGGGGAGGGGCCGGGGCCGGGGCCGCUUCUGACUGCCUGGACCUGGACCUGGGGGCCGUCACUGAGGGAGGGGCCAGGUCCGCCCUGCCCUGUGUCCGGCUGUAGUCGGGGAGUUUUUGUUAACUCCGCUCCAAAGGACGCGGGCCUGUGUGCCAAUACCAACCCCCUUCUGAUGAUGUUUUUUUUACCGCUGUGUCAGGGGAGGCCAUUUUGGAAGCCUCGACUCCUGGUUACAUAACACGUGUGAGUGUGUGUGUGUAGGCUCUGUUUCUGUUAGGAGUGUGAAUCUUGAGUGCACGGAUGAGUUAAUUUAUCCGACCCCCCUCGCAGGUAUGUCACUGAUACAGUUAACAUUGUCCAUGGUCCAGUAGGCAUAGAUCACCUGUGUGUCUGUCUGUGCUGGUGUGCCCGUGCAUGUGCGCGUGGGCAUGUGGGUAAACAGCCGUGCUCCUGUGCUAGACUGGGACCAUAAAAACCUCUUUUAAAAAAAC